UCCGCUCAGUCUGAAACUGCUCUCUUGCAGUGCUUUUGCUGGCAGGAUCGCAUGAAUCAGGACAUUCUGUCCGGGAUAGUGCUUACCUGGUGGAAAAUGUGUGUUUUGAUCAUACGAAAUACACUGUAGGACUGUUUGGAUACUCUAGAAAAGCAGAGCCAUUAAAGAGUGUCAGCAAAGUCAUGGGUGCCAUCGUCUGAACGAUCAAAGAAGUAGCCUUUCUAUGAUGAGAAACACCUUAAUCCCUUCUUCUACAAAGUGGAGUAUUUCCAGUCCAUCAGCAAAUUGGAUCUAGCUAUGGAGGUUUGGGCUGUAUGAUUAAAUCUCAAUCCUCGUACCUCAUGGAACUACCAACAAACAUAUCUGAGCUUCCACCUCCUGUGCUUCCCAACAGACCUCAGCAUGAAUUGUGUCUCCUGUUACGCAGUAAUGAGCACAAUAACAUUGCGUUCAACUCUGAGUCUUCCUCCCUGUCCUCGUCAUCGAUUUCUCUCCUGUAUGACCGAGGUGAGACGUCACCUGACUCCGUGCGCAGCUUGAGUAGUCUGAGCAGUGUCAGAACCGAUAGUCCUCUGGAUGUGGACAUGCCUGAGGCGGAGAUGGGAAAAGUAAUGGCCAACAGUGAUGAUUCAGGCAUACAGAGCCCAGACUGCAGACCAGACUAUGCAGAGGACAACGACAACUCUGUGUCAGUCUAUCUGGAUGCUAAUGAGGACUGCUGGACUGACAACGACAACCAUAAUGUAACUUCGGUGGUAUCGCAGAAGGUCAGUCAAACUGAUGGCGAUGAUACAUCCUUGUGCUCUUCAGAAAACGGUGACGAUGACACCAAAGAUGAGGAGGAAGAAGAAGACUCUUUUCUUUCUUUAGUUUCGGUAGAAGUGAUGAUGAAGAGCCAAGUUGGAGUUUCAGCUCUGGAGGGCUCCACUGUAUCUCAAGUGGCAAUACCAAACACUGGUUUACAAGACACAUCUGAGGACCUGCAAUCGGAUGUGUCUAAAGGGUGUUUGUUGAAUAAAACCAACAGGGAAGUUGUCUACGAAAAAGGGGAAGUCUCUUUAGCCAUUCAAGAAAUUGAUGUUGUGAAUGAGACAUUUGCGUCACCUGAAAGUUCUGAGGAUAUUAAUGUCUCCAGUUUCAUAAUAGGUACCAGAUCCAUCUUAAAAGAUGACAUCCAGCAACACUCUGAUGAACAUCCAGAAGACGUCUCUAAAAUGGAUGUGGUGUUUGAACCCAAUGAGGAAGUUGUCCACAAAAAAGGGGAAGACUCUGUUGAGUCGCCUUUAGCAAUUCAAGAUAUGGAUGUUAUGAGGGAGACAGGGGUGUUUUCUGAAGGUACAGAAACUAAUGAAGUCUCCAGUCUCAUAGCAGAUAACAAAAAUGUAACUUCUUGCUUAUCAGUCUCAAAAGAUGAUAAUCAGCCAAGGGCUAAUGGCCAACAAUCAGAAAUGGUUACUUGUAUUGUACCCAACAUAGAGGUUGUCCACAAAAAAGAGGAAUACUUUGUCGAGUUGCCUUUAGCAAUUCAAGAUACUGAUGUUAUAAAUGAGACAGUGGAACUCAAUAUGGAGGUUGUACAUGAAAAAGGGUAUUCCUCUACUGAGUCCAUCCAAGAAACCAAUGUUAUAAAUGAGACAAUGGUGUCUACUCAAAACAAGGAUUCCAAUAAUGCAGCUUCUUCUCUCUUAAAAGAGGAGUACCAGCCAAAACCCAUGUUGAAAAUGGCUGCUGGGAAUGAAUCCAAUAAUAAAGUUGUCCACAAAAAGGGAGAAACCUCCAUUGAUCCAAUUCCAUUCAAAGAAAUAAUGGUGUCUCCUAAAAAAUCACAAGCUAAUAAAACCUCUACUCCUAUAAUUGGUACUGUAAAGAUAGCUUCUUCCUGCUCAAAAGAUGACAACCAGCCAAAAGCUAAUGGUCAACAAUCAGAACUGGCUACUUUUGCUGAACAAAACAUGGAGGUUGUCCAUGAAAAUGGAGAAUCCUCCGUUGAGUCCAUCCAAGAAACCAAUAUUAUCAAUGAGACAAUGAUGUCUCCGGAAAAUCCAGAGGAUAAUAACAUAACGGGUACCAAAAAUGCAGCUUCUUCCCUCUUAAAAGAGAGCAACCAGCCAAAACCCAAAGACCAACCAGAAAACGUGUCUAAAAUGGCUACAGUGAAUGAAGCUGUCCCCAAUAAAGAAGAAUCCUCCGCUGGUGCAAUUCAAUUCAAAGAAACAAUAGCAUCUCCUGAAAAUUCACAAGCUAAUAAAACCUCCACUGCUAUAAUAGGUACCAAAAAAGUAGCUUCUUCCUGCUCAAAAGAGGACAAUCAGCCAAAGUCUACAGCAAAAAAGAUCAAUGAUUUGGCAGGUCAUGUUCUAGUCAAGCCUAUCCAGACCAAAGCCACAAAACCUGAGGCGAAAAGGUUCCCCAGGCCAGACUUGAGGAACGUAAAAGCCAAGAUCAUCUCCAGGGCUGCUUCUUCACCAAGAUCAGCCAAUCCCCUGAAAACAAACACUGUUCAGUCAGGAAGUGGGAACGUUCAUGAGAGCAGGAAAGUGGAAGAUAAAGCUGUAGGAAAAAGAAGCAGAUCAUCAUCAAACCACACAAGAGGGAAUGAAACAAGGAGUGCUGAAGUUGUCUCGAGUGGUGAUGGGGAGAAUGAUGCAAACACUUUAUUUUUGCCGACACAAGGAAGAGAAGCAACAAUGAAGUCAGAAUCUGCUUCUUCAACUGAUUUUAAAGAUGAAGGAGAGCCUCAGCUUGAGAAAGAGACUUCUAAGAGCCCCAGUAAGACUGUGUCCUCCAACCUGGGACCAUCUCUUGGGACUAACAGUACAUCCAGCUCUGGGUCUCCAGAAGGCAGACCGAAGCCCUCAAACCGACCCACAGGUAGUCUGGGUCCAGCGGGAGGCCGAGUGCUGCAGCCGGCUGGUAUUCCAAGGAUGCGCAGCACAGACAGACCCACAGUACUCAUCAGCCCCCCGUCUGUCUCCAGCUCUCCCAGUAAGGCUCCUCAGAGAACUGCCUCCUCAAAACUGCCUGUCAAAGGUUCACCCACAAGCCCCAGCUCGUCUUCACCGGGAAGCACAAUCAGCGAAAGCAACAGUACUGCUGUAAACAAAGUUCUUGUUGAAGUACCAAAGAGUGAGGAGAAAUCUCUUAAACAAUCACCCACAUCCCAGACGCAAGGAAAGUCUCUUGUUAGCAAACCUGCAUCAGGUCACCGCAGCAGAGCGAGCUCCACAACAACCAAACCAGCAGCAGUUUCAGUCGGACUAAAGGCCCCAGCUGUAAUCAACCAUGUGACAGCCAAGAAUAACCAGAAUGCUUUACACCGCAGUGGAUCUACACGACCCACACGCUCAGCAUCAGCAGCAGUGGACAAGAGCUCCAAGGGGUCCAAAGCUGCAGGGCCCACGGCUGGACGGACGCCACAGCACAGCCCGGCCUGUCAAGCAGGACCGGUGGAGGAAGAGGAGGAGAGAGAAGAUCUCCGUCUUCAAAACGAGAAGAAGAAUCAAUGCAUUCUGCACCUUCGUAAACUCAUCGCUAAUGGCAAUCGGCGUCUGGAGGCUCUCGCUCUGGUCGUGCAGCACAUCUUCAGUGAGCGCGAGUCGGCAAUCAAACAGAGGGAAGAACUUUCUGUCCAAAUCAACAACCUGCGAGAGCAACUGAGUAACUCUGUCUCAUGUUGCGAGCAGUUGGAGAAAGAGAAGGAGGAGGUCCGUGUGACUUUGGAGGCUCUGUUUCAGAAACUUCAGGAGCAGCAUCAGUCUGAACUGCAGCAACUGGAGGAGAGACUGAAGGACUUCUACUCUGCAGAAUGGGACAAAACCCACGAGGCCUAUCAGAGAGAGGCGGAUAAAUGCAGGGUGCUCAUGCAGCAGCAGGUGGAGGAUGUGAGGUACAAACAAGAAGCACUGAGGAAGCAGCAGGAAGCGGCACACACUGAGCAAAUAGCAACACUGAAACAUGAACAUGAGACUUCACUCACAGAGCUCAAGAAGGCUCAUGAAAAUGACAUGCAAGAACUUGACAAAACGCUCAAGGAGUCUGAGGCCAUGCUUAAUGAGAAGAUAGAGACUUUGACAGCAGAAAAUGAGGCUUUGAAAGAAAGACUGAGAGAGGAGCAGGAGUGGAGGAGAGCUGCGGCUGACAAAAGCCAGAAGGACGCGCAUACACUGUAUUUGGAGCAAGAACUGGAGAGUCUCAGAGCUGUGCUGGAAAUAAAGACCAACCAGAUACACCAGAAAGACAAGAAACUCAUGCAGAUGGACAAACUGAUAGAUGAUAACUUGAAACUGGAAGAGUGUUUGAACAAAGUCCAGCAAGAAAACGAGGACUACAAGGCUAGAAUGGACAAACACGCUGCACUGUCAAGGCAACUCUCCACGGAGCAGGCCAUGCUUCAACAGACCCUACAGAAAGAGUCAAAGGUCAACAAACGGCUGUCAAUGGAGAACGAGGAGCUGCUGUGGAAGCUCCACAAUGGUGACCUGUGCAGCCCUCGACGCCUCUCGCCCUCCUCUCCCUUCCCCUCACCCCGAAACUCCGGCUCCUUCUCCACAGCCCCCAUAUCACCCAGAUAACCUCCGAUCCAUCCUCACGCCGAGGCUCCAAUGGACCCAUUUUAUUCCUAUAAUAGGACUUGUACAGUUUGUAAAGAUGUGUACAGUUUAUACAUGUUCCCUUUCCAGAUAAAGACAAUGAUGCACAGUUGCACUUGUAGAUCAAGGAAUUGCCUUGUUCUGUUACACACUUGUUUUCAUGUUGUUUGUCCCCCUCACCAUCUUACACACAAACACUUACAUUUCUCUGAGGAGGGAACAUACCUCAGGGCUUGUACAUAGAGUAUCUCUCUCUCGGACCGCCAUUUUUCUGUUCUCUUUGUUUUCUUUUAUUCUUUUUUUUAUGAUUAAAUUGGUUUGUGCAUAGUAAGUAAAACAUGUAAAGCUGUAUUUUUUUUCUUUGUGCUCACCAGAACUCUAUAUGAUGCUCUCGAAAUGGAUGAACAACUGAAGUAUUGUUUUUUUUAAGUAUGAACUGUAUACAGAGAGGAAAGAACUUUAAAGAAAAGCCUCACCUUUUAGCUGGAUUGAAUAUCGAUCCAGGUUUCUGUUCCUAAUUUCGUGGAAUGUAUUUAAUUCUCUCUCUCUCUCUCUCUUUCCCGAACUGUGUCCAGUGGCUCACACAUCCAGAAUGCUUUAGGUGUGAGUGUGUCCCUUUCUCGACCGCAGUGCCCUUCUUGGCUUUAUUUCAUUAUUAUUAUUAUUAUUUUUUUAACGAAUGCAUUAAAUUUCUGGAUGUUUAUCUUUAC